AUGUAUCUAUGGCAUGGCUGGUGGCCGAAUGAUGAAGAUUCAGAAUCCAGAGCUUCCACAACUGGUUCUGCGGAAACGCGUUGGAGUAAUGACCGAAGAUUGGCAAUGGAAACGAUAAAAUCUUACGCUCAAGGUACUGUUUUAUUCUUCCCUGCCACCAUCAACGCUCCCCCUCCCCCCCCCUGCGCAUCAACGCCCCGCCCCGCGCCCCCUCCCCAACCCGCUUAAGGUACUAUUUCCUUCUCUCCCAAAUUAAUUUGGCCGCUCAAUAGAAGUUCUUCAUAAAUUAACAUGAUCGUGAGUAGAAACAUCACUUUAUUUGAAAACACUCGACUGAGGCAGCGUUACUGGUCCGCACCUUUUUUCACGGACUGUAUUUUCCCUCAUAUUUUUUAAACAAAGCCAAAGUACGUGUAUCAAGCGCUUGCUGGCCGCUUAAUUGAUGUGACAAUUAGAAUUAUUUCGGGACUUUAAUUGCUGUCCGCUUGAAAGAGGCCGCUGGCCGCUCAGUGGAGGUUCGACUGUAUAAUAGUUGGGCACUAAACUUUUUUUUUUUUAAGCAAAAGACCGCGAAUUUCGAGUUUUCCCUUCAUUAACCUUGAAGUCAUUUCUUGUUUUCAGAACUUGAACGCGAUUUCUCCCAAGUAUUUAUUGUGUUUGCUGGUCUGGAACCGAAGUCCUUCCAGAAUCUUUUCCCCUUCUGGGAAGACCGACCAGAUGUUGCUAAAAUAAACCGAUCGGUAAGUACUUCUUCUAUUACAUUUGUUUAGUGUUUAAUGUGAAAUUUACUCCUUCCAGACUCAAUUAUUUACCAAUAAAAGCCUAUUUUUAAUAGAUACAGCAAUUUAAGAAACAAUGUCAAGGAUCUCUAGGCUGUUUUCACUCAUCCUAUAAAUAAGAAGCGUAUCAGCUCGAAGACGUACAUCAUAGGUUUUUUAUGCAGCUGUUUAUGCAUUACAAUAUGACUUUCCUUCUUAUCCUUCUUUCAAACCAUUCAGGGUAACAUUUUGUACAAGGCUUUUGUGUGAUGGUUUUCUCUGAAAAUUACCCAGGUUCAAAAACGUUUGACUGUGAACUCUUUCUGUUUUUUUGCUUUUAGACUGGAAGGGUUGAUGGAGAUAUUCUAAAGCUGGAAACGGAACUUGCAAAGCUUUCGAGGUUUGUCUUUUUGCAUUUGGUCCCGGUGGUGGUGUGAAUACAUUUAUUCCUUCAAUUAAUUAUUAAUUUAUUAAUUUAUCUCUCAGUUUAUUUAUUUAUUUAUUUAUUGUAAAUUAAACUAGUAAAGAAUUUAUUCCAUUUUUACUACGUGCAUAAACUAGGGAGAACCGUGUUUGUUUUAUCAGAGAGAAAAAUUUCUAAUUUUCUUGAUGGACUGUUUUAACAUUUACUCUUUAAAUUAACUCUUCGUUUUUUUGACAUGUAGAAAAGAGUACAGCCUGGAGGAACUCAAGCAAAAACCACCACCUGAAGGAGUGGAUCCCUCGAGACUUGAAACGUACCUUAGCGAAGCUGACUUCGAGGUAAGAACUGCAUUUCUCUUUGAACUGCAUUUUCAGCCUGUGCAACCUGACUGCUGGCAAAUAAAACAGGCUUUUAAAAGAGGUUUAUGAAUUAUUCAAUAAAAAGCCCGAAAAAAUUUUCGACACCACUGCUGGUUUAUACUGCGAGUGGUCCCCAUUUCGCCUUUCGCCUUUCGCCUUUCUCGCGUUGGUUGAUUUUCACGCGCGCUCGCGUUUGUUCGCUCUACUCCUAUCCCUGAGGAAAAAUGGGGACUACUCGUAGUCUACUGCUGGUUUCCCUGCGUAGAGUCGACUAAGGAAAGGGCGUAGAAAUUCCAUACUGAUGGCGAUUUAGCUAGUGCUUCUGAUUGGUUGAAGCAAAUCGCCCUCUUGGCCGACCAAUCAGAACUGAGGUACUACCCAGAUCGUGGCAGUGACUUGUCAUCCGCUGGGAAUUUCUGCGCUCGCUCCUCAGGGGAAACCGGUGUGGGCUGUCUGCUCAGGCUUAUGAAUUAAACGUUUUUUGGUUUGUUCCUUUCGCAGAAAGCGUUUAAAAUGACCAGAACCGCUUUUGAUGCGCUGGCAAUGUGGAAGAAGACGAAUCUUAGGAAGAAAGCUGGCCUUUUCUAA